GACUUGGGAGGGAGGGUUCUAAUAAGUAACAAGUAAUAACCACUUGCAACCAAUUUCAAUUUCUUCACCAACUCUCCUCUCUCUCUCUCUCUCUCUAUUUCUCUGCAUAAGCAUUGAGAAAAAGUGGUUGAAUUCAUGGCUGGUCUUCAAAGAUCUGCGGUGUCGUUCAGGAGGCAGGGGUCGUCGGGCUUUGUGUGGGACGAUAAGUUCUUGUCGGAGGAAUUCAACAAAGUCAAAGAAGAGCAGGCCAACGACGUCCAGAUUAAGACGCCGCCGCUCCAGAGAAGCCGCUCGGCCGGCGGAGGGCGGGGCUACCGCACGGGAAAAGUAUCGCCGGCGAUAGAGCCGCCGUCUCCGAGGCUGUCUGCAUGCGGGUUUUGCGCGGCCUUUGGGAAAGCAGGGGAGAAGGCGAAACGAGGGAGGUAGGAGCAGUUUUUAAUGGAUUACUAAUUAAUAGACGGUGGCCUGAAGGCUGAAGGCGGCGGAGAGAGAAUAUUCCGGCCACUUUUGUUUGUUGAUCUUUACUUUUAGGUUUGUUAGGGUAGGGCCGCUUCAAUUCAUCUUAUUUUCAACAUAAUCAUUACUUCUAUAUUUCUCUUUUCUUUUUA